CUCGUGUCGUCCCCCUCGUGAAGUCUCUGUCGCGUCGUGCUCAAGCCCCAAAGCUCUCUCCCCUCUCUUCUCUCCUGCUCAAGAGGACCGCCGAAUCUCCUUCUCCCCACUGUACUCCAGCUUCCAAUGGGUGCCGACUCCCUCCCUCAAGGCGACAAGGCCAAGCCCGUGUCGACCACUCCGGCCGAGAUGGGUGCCUUCAACGCCAGCGCCUCGACUUCUCGCGAGGACCUCGAGGCCGGCAAUGCAGAGCUGCACCGCGGGCUCAGCAGCUUCCACCUUCAGUUCAUCGCCAUUGGCGGCACCAUUGGCACCGGCCUCUUCCUCGGCAGCGGCGAGGCCCUCGCCAGCGCCGGCCCCGUGGGAACCCUCCUCGCCUUCAUCUUCAUCGGCUCCAUCGUCUACUCGGUCAUGUCUGCCCUCGGCGAGAUGGCUACCUACAUGCCUGUCGCUGGCUCCUUCACUGCCUACGCCUCCCGCUUCCUCGACAGCUCGCUCGGCUUCUCUAUGGGCUGGAUCUACUGGUUCAGCUGGUCCAUCACGUUCGCUCUCGAGCUCGUUGCUGCCGGCCUCAUCAUCCAGUUUUGGAAUGCCGACCUGAGCGUCGGCAUCUUUAUUGCCGUCUUCUGGGUCGUCUUCACCGCUCUCAACUUCAUGCCCAUCCGCUGGUUUGGUGAGUUCGAGAUGUGGUUCUCGAGCAUCAAGGUCGUCACGAUUGUCGGCUUCAUCAUCUUCGCCAUCUGCAUCGACGCUGGCGCGGGCAAGAACGGCUAUCUGGGCUUCAGCGCCUGGGUCGAGCCCGGCCCCUUUGCCGAGUACAUGGUCGAGGGUUCCGUCGGCAAGUUUGUCGGCUUCUGGUCUGUCCUUGUCACUGCCGGCUUCAGCUUCCAGGGUGCGGAGCUUGUCGGUGUUGGUGCCGGCGAGGUCGAAAACCCGGAGAAGAACGUGCCCAGCGCUAUUCGCUGGACCUUCUGGGGCAUCUACGCGCUCUUUGUCGCCACCAUCUUCUUCAUCGGCGUGCUGGUCCCCUACAACACCGAAGACCUCCUCCUCGGCUCCACCGACGCAGCCGCCUCGCCCCUGGUCAUUGCCGCCAACCUCGCCGGUGUCCCGGUCCUGCCGCACAUCAUCAAUGCUGUGCUCCUCACUGCGGUGCUUUCAGCCGCAAACUCGAACGUCUACUCGGGCAGCCGCAUCCUUGUCGCCCUCGCCAAGGAGAAGCACGCCCCCGAGGUCCUCACUUACACCAACAAGCACGGUGUGCCGUACGCCGCGGUCGCCACCACCUCUGCCAUUGGCCUGCUGGCCUUCCUCAACCUGUCCGCGAGCGGUGAGAAGGUCUUUGGCUGGCUGCUCAACAUCACCGCCAUUGCCGGCUUCAUCAGCUGGUCGUGCAUCCUCAUCUGCCACCUGCGCUUCCAGAAGAUCCUCGCCCACCGCGGCAUCUCGCGCAAGACCGACCUUGUGUACGCCGCCCGGUUCCAGCCCUACCUCACCUGGUUCGGCCUGUUCUUCUGCAUCCUGAUCAUCCUGACCAACGGCUUCACUGUCUUUAUGGAGUGGGAUGUCAGCGACUUCUUCGCGGCCUACAUCAGCUUGAUUCUCUUCGUCGUGCUCUUCAUGGGCCACAAGCUGCUGGUCGACCGCAAGUGGUCUCUGAUCAAGAUUGACGACGUCCAGCUGAUCCGGGACCAUGCUGGCGAGAAGAACUAACUAUGUGGCGUGGUGUGACGAGAACCUGGCUUGUUCUGCAUUACCGUCGUUGUAUGAUGACGGGUAGAGGGAAGACGCACUGUAUAUUUUCAACAAAAGAUGCAUAGUAUCGGAAGGCGUUGGGCGGGGGUUUCAUUUGGCUGAAAAAAGCGUAUGAUUUCUGCAUAGCAUGGAUACCAUAGAGUAAUAAUGAUCUUAUUCUUUAGCGACAAAAUUGCAUGCCGGAUCGCGGG